ACUUCCUGCGGCAUCUAAUGACAGCAUGUCUGGAUACAACAGAGAAAUUUUCACAAAAAGAACAAACUCAUAUGAUAGUGUUUCUUAAUCAUCUCUACAACAGUAUUGAAACAGAUCUCAUACGCAAUGGCAUUAGUCAUACUGUAUCUUACAACAUCUUAGAAUGUCUAUCUGAAGGUCAGCUACAAUCGGUUCUCAAUGAAUUUCCUAACUGGUCUAAGGCAUUAAAGAGAACUGCACGACACAAAAAGAAACUGCAAGGCAUAGAGCUUGAUAAUUUUGAUUUUGAUACCAAAUUUUUGUAUUCCCUCAUGCAGCAAUUCAUGAAAAAGUUGUCGGCAAUCCCGGCAGGAAAUGAAGAAUUAAAGGAGGAUGUUGUUCAUUAUUGUGAAAGGUUCCUUGAACUCAUGAUUGACCUUGAGUCUCAGUUACCCACACGGAGAUUUUUUAAUACUCUUCUGCAUUCUUGCAAUCUACUUGUCAAGUGUCAAUUAUCCACACUUGCAUCUAGGGAGGAGGGAAAGCUGUUUUCUCAAUUACUGUUCAUUUUAAAAGUUUUUGGUCAGUUUGAGAUUAAUGAUAAUACAGGUCAGCCUCUCUCAGACUUAGAUGUGAUGAAAAUUCACUAUAAAAAGGUGAAGCAAAUGCAGAGCAUUACUUUCAGAAAUUUUUCUCAGUUAACACAAUUCAGCUUUUCAAGUGUAGCUGCAGUUGACGACACAGAAACAUUAAGACAGUAUGUAGAACAGUUGGAAGAUGGUGAUUUGCAAAAUCUCUGUAAGUUACUUCAUCUGCUUCCUAAAGAAGAUGAAAAUGAAUGCAACAGAAAAUAUCUUGUAGAAUCCAUUAUAUGGAAGUACCAGCGUCGCAUUUCACAGUUAGAAGCAAUUAAUCGCAUGCCAUUGUAUCCUACUGAGCAGAUAAUUUGGGAUGAUAACAUAGUCCCAUCAGAGUAUUUUUCUGGUGAUGCCUGUCUGGCAUUACCAAAGUUAAAUCUGCAAUUCCUCACCUUGCAUGAUUAUCUGUUGAGAAACUUUGACCUCUUUCGAUUAGAAUCAACUUACGAAAUUCGUCAGGAUAUAGAAGAUAUUGUAAUGAGAUUGAACCCAUGGUCAUCAGAAAAUGGCAGUGUCAUUUUUAGAGGAUGGGCACGUAUGGCACAGCCUAUUGCAAAUUUUGCUGUAUGUGAGGUGGCUAAGCCUAAUGUUGGGGAAGAUAAACCAUCAAGAGUUCGAGCAGACAUCACAAUAAAUUUAAGUGUUAGAAGAGAGAUAAAGAGUGAGUGGGAAGCAUUGAGAAAGCAUGAUGUAUGUUUACUGCUUUCAAUCAUUCAUCCAAAAGAAUACCCUAAUCCUGAGGGAUAUUUCCCAGAUGAAUGGGGUAUCAGGUAUAUACGAGGGUGUGAAGUGGAGGGCAUGCUAGAUGAAAAUGGUAGAGUUAUUGAAGAGGGACCCGAACCCAAACCAGAGCUGAAGGGGGAGACCAGAACUUUUCGUGUUUGGCUCGACUGUAAUCAGUAUAAAAUUGACAUGGACAACAUCAAAUCCAAUGAUGGCAGUGAAGAUGUGUAUGAAACUUUCAAUGUUUUAAUGAGAAGAAAGCCCAAGGAAAAUAAUUUUAAAGCUGUCUUAGAAACUAUCCGUGACCUGAUGAAUACUAGGUGUGUUGUACCUGACUGGCUGUUGGAUAUCAUUCUUGGGUAUGGUGACCCAGGAGCUGCUCAUUAUUCACACAGAGAAAAUGCUUUGUCCACGUUAGAUUUUAACGACACUUUUCUGAAUUGUGAUCACCUAAAAAAGAGUUUCCCAGACUAUACCAUUAACCAUACUCCUAAGGCUAACAUGCAACCACCUUUUAAACUAACAUUUGAGGAUCAAAAAACAACUAAACGACCAGCUGAAGCAGAAGAAAAUAAAGUAUCCAAAGUUAUUCAUGUUGAACCAUAUGUUGUAAAAAGUCGUGGUCCAUAUCCAUACACUGUACCACGUAAGAAUCGAGUGCAGUUCACACCCACUCAAGUGGAAGCUAUACGUUCUGGUAUGCAACCUGGCCUAACAAUGGUUGUGGGACCUCCAGGUACUGGUAAGACCGAUGUUGCUGUGCAGAUCAUUUCUAACAUAUAUCACAACAACCCAGCUGAGCGCACUCUUGUUGUUACGCAUUCUAAUCAGGCUCUUAACCAGCUUUUUGAGAAAGUCAUUGCACUGGAUGUUGAUGAGCGACAUCUUUUGCGUUUAGGUCACGGUGAAGAGGCUUUAGAAACAGAGAAAGAUUUCAGUAGGUAUGGUCGUGUUAACUAUGUUCUGAGUAAAAGACUGGAGUUACUGGAUGAAGUAACACGCCUCAAGGAGUCAUUAGGUGUUGCUGGUGAGAUGGGAGCUUCUUGUGAAACUGCUGGUUAUUUUUUUCUGCAACAUGUCCUUGCUCGGUGGGAACGUUACAUCAGUCAGGUUGCUGCUACUCCUGGCAAGUCAGUUAAUGUUCAGCAAAUAAAUGACUUGUUUCCUUUCCAUGUUUUCUUCAGUAAUGCACCUCAGCCAUUAUUCAAAGGAAAAUGCUAUGAAGAAGACAUGGAAAUUGCUGAAGGUUGCUUCCGAUAUCUGGAGAAUAUAUUCAUACAGUUAAAAGAGUUUCGUGCAUUUGAAAUGUUAAGGAGUGGCCUUGAUCGUACAAGAUAUUUGCUUGUGAAGGAAGCAAAGAUUAUUGCUAUGACCUGUACUCAUGCUGCCCUCAAGCGCCGGGAACUUGUAGAUUUAGGCUUUCAAUUUGAUAACAUUUUAAUGGAAGAAAGUGCCCAGAUUUUAGAGAUUGAAACUUUUAUUCCAUUACUUCUACAAAAUCCUGAGGAUGGACGUAAUCGACUUAAGCGAUGGGUCAUGAUUGGUGACCACCAUCAAUUACCACCAGUUAUCAAGAAUAUGGCAUUCCAAAAGUAUAGUAACUGUGAGCAGAGCUUGUUUACCCGAUUUGUACGGUUGGGUGUUCCAACCGUUCAGCUAGAUGCUCAGGGACGUGCUCGUCCCUCUAUUUGUGCCCUGUACAAUUGGCGAUAUAAAAAUUUGGGUGACUUGCCUCAUGUAAUAUCCUGGCCUGAGUAUCGCGUAGCUAAUGCAGGAAUAUUUUAUGAGUACCAGCUCAUUAAUGUUGAUGACCUUGAAGGACGUGGAGAGUCAGAACCACGGAAAUAUUUCUACCAGAAUUUGGCUGAAGCAGAAUAUGUAGUUCACCUGUAUAUGUACAUGCGGUUAAUUGGAUAUCCAGCUUCAAAAAUAUCUUUGUUGACAACUUACAAUGGCCAAAAGGAGUUGCUACGGGAUGUAGUUGAGCAGAGAUGUGCCCGAAACCCACUCUUUGGUCGACCUCACAAGAUCAGUACUGUGGAUAAGUACCAGGGGCAACAAAAUGACUACAUCCUGCUAUCACUUGUUAGGACACGGGCUGUAGGCCACCUUAGGGACGUGAGACGACUUGUAGUAGCCAUGUCACGUGCUAGGCUUGGCCUUUAUAUAUUUGCACGUGUUUCACUCUUUAAGAACUGUUAUGAACUUCAGCCAGCAUUUUCCUUGCUUACAAAGCGACCACUACAGUUAUAUUUGGCACCCUGGGAACUUACACCUACUGAACGACUCUACACGCAUCUUCCGCCUGAAAAGCCCGUGAUAGUAAAAGAUGUUACACACAUGAGCAGUUUGGUACAUCAGUUGUAUUCUGAUGUAUGCUCAAACAUCCAGGCAAUUGCUGGGCUUGGUGAUGCCCCGGGUAUCAUGGAAACUCACGAGUUGCCUCCAGAUACAGGAGCACGCUAUGACUCUGAUGAAGAAGCUGCAGUUGAAAAUGUAGAAGCGGAAAGCUCAAUGCUCAUUGUUAAUGAAGUUGAUGGUAAAUAAGUUUGUAUAUUAUGAAAUCAUAAGUUUUAAUCAUUGCAACUGUGAUUCUCUCUUACCAUGGGGGUUUGGAGUCAUCAAAUUAAAUCAAAUGUUCACAAAGGAUAAACAAAAUGAGGAAGAGUGCUCAAAUAAUGACACUUAUAUUGAACCACUACACUCAUUACCUCCACCAUAAACUAAUACAUAAUAGUUUUAUGCACGUUUAUGGUAUUGUGUAACAAGUUAAUGUAAAUAUUUUUUUAUAUUUUAUAUAUGACCAAUUUUCUUGACUUGGUCCAAUUUUCUUUGAGGGGAUAAUUUUGGAAGCUGAUGUUUGUAUUGUACUAAGGUAACAGCUUGAUUAUGUAUAUUGUCUAUUUUUCUAAAUGCUUGUUUAUCAAUAAUCAUCUGUCAUCAGUUCUGGAAUCACACAAUUUUUACAAUUCUGGACAAUUGUUGGAAGCAGACUUGAAAUUAGGCAUGUAUUACUGAUAGUAAGCCACAGUACUGUGGCCUAAACAAAUAACCCAACCCACACAUAUGUAAAGAAAUGAAAAUGACAUUGGGUUAUAUAUAGGCAUAUAUUGAAAUAACAACAUUGUGCAUGUGCAUGUGCAUUGAAAGUGCACAUGUAAUUAUACAUGUGAAAAGAAAAUGUUGAUGCAGCAGUAUUUGCAAUCAAGCCGAUUUUGAAACCUUGAGUCACACUACUGUACAAACAGUAGCUACAAGUGUACAUAUAUAUAAUCUGUAUUUAAGUUAAGAAAAUGGUAAAAGAAUCAGAUUGAAUGUCAUUAGUGUUACAUUAGUAUCUCAUGAGCCUCCAAAACUUCAUUAGUACCUUUAGGUGUUUGAUUACCCCAGAAUGAAAAUAAAAUUUACUUAGUUAAAUUACUUACUUACUUGUGUAACUUAAAUGAAAAACUGGUAUUCCGCCAUCUUGUGAUUCUCUGCAUUAAAUAUCAUCAUGAUGCAUGCUGUUCUAGCCCUUGACCGGCGCUAAUUGUAUAUGAACAAUUUUGGUCUAUCUGUGAGGCGCACUUUGUAUAUGUACUUUUUAAAGUACGGUGUAAGAUUUAAAAGUCCCAUGCCUACACAGUGCUCACAUCAGCUUCACAAGGGGUUCCAGUAAACAGAAGCCAUUUAAAAAAAAAUAUUGUAGAUACCAUUCCUGGGUGUGAAGGCCUCUGUACUCUAGUGAGUGAGCAACCAAGUCUGGUGCAUUCAGCAUGAGCUAACAGCACUGCUGUUCAGCUUGUGACCACAGCAUCGCUUAAAAAUGUCAAAAUCAUGUAUAUAUGUAACUGCUGUUAUUUAGUGAAGACUGUACAAUGUUCAGAUGUCAGUGAACACAAUGCUGUUCAAGAUGUUCACAGCACACUGCCAUUGUUUGGUCCAUCUAAGAAUCCUGAAACAACUUCUCAUGUUCUUCUACAAAAUAAACUUGUGGAAAAUUAUUCAUUUACAGAAUUUAGUGACCAGGAUUCUGAUCAUAGCCUCAUUGUGGUGGGAAUUAGCGAUGAGCAUAGUAUGCUGGGAGGAGGGAUCUUGCCAGUGAGGUGGUGUCGUUAGCUGAGUGUGUGUGGCGGCCAUUAUUAUUGUUUGGACUCACCAUAUCAGCUUAGUGGCUCAUUAUGGUGAAGAAAAAUGUAGAUAUUUAUAUAUGAUGUUGGACGCUCUUUGGGUGGAUCUGGUUUCCCUGUUUCAGGAUUCUUGUCUCUCGGGUUGUCUGCAGUGUUAAGUCCUGCUAGCCUGCGAUCUACCAUCGUGCCCAUGACGUUCGGAAGUAUGCUGCUCUCAGCAGUUUUUGGCAACAUAUUUUGGGGUAGAAAUUCGGGUGUGGGGGUUUUGAAGGUUGAACAGGGUCCUGGCCGCCAGAUAUCUAGUGAACAUUCUGGUUCCUUCUCGGCCGUGUAUAGCUUUGGGGCGCAUGUCUGUCUCUUCUGUGUCUUGAGACCUGCGGUGCUGCCGCCUUCUGGGUAAAUCCCUCCUUUUACUUAUCUUUGGGUAGUUAGCUUCUGGGAGUUGACAAAGCUCCCCUUUGAAAACUAGUGUUGAAUGUAAUGAAAUGCCAUUUUCUGGGCGAGCCUCUAAGGCUCUCUGACACCCUACAUCCCUCCUGUUAGCAGUUUUUCAUCGUUCAAGAACUGGAGUGGUGGGCUGCUGGCUCCCGUGAGUUGGCUCCUUCGGGGGUAGCUCUAAAGAGCAGCAGUGCUAGUUGCAUGAAGGGUUGCUUGUUUGGUUUCUUUCUAGUGGAGUUAGUUUGAUCUUUUGAGAUGUAGAUUGCACUGGUUAACCCAGACAGAAGUGUGUUUUGAUUCACCUACCUUUCAGGGACCAGAUUCACGAAGCAGCUUACUAAUGUUUUUCUUCUUAUUGCCUUUUACGGUUACGUUGGUAUUCGGGUAGGCACACUAAGAAGGAAAACCUUAGUAAGUUUGCUCCGUCGGCUAAGAGUGCUGUCGACCACUCGUAGCUUUACGUAAACUGGAUAUAACUCGAUUUUUCUCUUCUACACAACACGGAGGAGCGAUUGUUAUGUAAACAAAAGAUUUUAGUUGGCAAAUCUCGUGAAGAGGAGUCCUUCGUGUUAGUUAUAUAUAUGCAUUCUCUGCUUGAAACUUGUAGUAAAUUUGUCUUUCACGAUAUUAGAAUUAGUUUUAUAAUAGCAAGAUAUUAUACCAGUAGUUA